AAUUUUACCCAUAAGCUAUAACGUCAAUUUUCAUCAUGUCGCAAAUUUGAAAGAAUGGGCUCCUGCCAGACACAGUCCCGGCGGCUGCCCCGCCGCACGCCGCUCUCACAGCUGCCGCAUUUCAGCCUCUAACCGUCGCCGGCGGUGAGAUCGUGUCCUCUCACACUCAUCGCCGCUAGGUUUUGUUUUGUCAAUAAAUUCUGUUCUCCGGUGAAGAAGAAAAUCAAAUAUAUGGCGCUUGAUCAGCAUAUGUUCGAAGCUUUAAACCCUUCUCGUUUCAUAUCAUUCUCUUUUCCCAAUCCAUGUAAAUCUCAUUCUUCUCUCAGAAUCGCGGUGCUCGAUUCGCCGAUCGAACCCACCGGUUCCCCUUCCGUGGCCGCCAUGUUCGUUCCGCCGGGCCUUGAAACCGACUGGAUUUUUUCCACGGAAUCCGGACACUAUCAUCUUCUGUUCGAUUCACCUGAAAUUUCGCGCCUGAUUCUAGUUGGAGAUCAAGAACCGGUAACCGGUCAUGAUUCGUUUCUGGUCUACAAUCGUCAGGAUUCGGCUUCGACCUGGAGUCGACUGGUGGUGAGUUUACAGCCACUUUUUCUUGCUUUAUUUCCCAAAUCAUGUUUCCAACAUGGAAUUCCUGAAGUCCCGAUUCUUAGUUUCGUCGAUAACGUGAUAUGUAGUGUAGUUUUAGAGAGAAGCAUUGGUUCUUCCGUCGGUGAAUUUCUGGUUGAGAAUGUGGAAAUCGAGCGAGAAUCGUUGGAAACCAGGGAAUUUAGGAGACGUUUGAGGUUCAAGAGGAUGCCGAACUUGAUUCAAACAGAAAUUCGUAUAAUUCCUGAGGCUAAUCUUAAUCUAGAUGCCAUUGAAAUUCAAAAUAUCGAGUUCAAACUAGAUACUAGGGUUUUGGUUCAUCCGUACUUACCUCCAAUGGCGGCAAGCCUUUCAUUGAUUGCCUCCUCCAUUGACGAACAGAUUCAAACUGGUCAUAGACCGAAAGCGCUGUGUGUUGGAGUUGGUGGUGGAGCUCUGCUUUCCUUCCUUGCAACCCAUUUGGAUUUUGAAGUUGUGGGUGUGGAAAUGGACAUGGAGGUUCUCAGAGCUGCACAACAUUAUUUUGGAUUGGUAGAGAACAAUUUUCUUCACAUCUCCAUUGGAGAUGCCAUUGAAUUUCUUGAAAAUGCUUCAAAGUCAAAUAAGAAACAGAAGUGUGGAUCCUUUGGUGUUCAUAUGUCUUCCGAGUAUGAUGUGAUCAUGGUUGAUUUGGAUUCAAGUGAUGCUCGAAAUGGCAUGAGUUCGCCGCCAUUGGAGUUUGUUGGAAGAGAUGUUCUUCUGAGUGCUAGAUCAGUUCUUUCUGAACAUGGGAUUCUUGUAAUGAAUGUGAUUCCUCUUGACAAGUUGUUCUUUGAGACAUUGGUAGAUGAAUUGAGAUCAGUUUUUGAUGAUUUGUUCCAGAUAAAUGUUGAUAAUGGUGAAAACUUUGUUGUUAUUGCUUCUAUGUGUCCAAUCAAGUCUUUUCCUAAUGUUACAAAGAAUGAGAUGAACAGCUUUUCAUCCAGAUUGAGAUUACUCCUCUCAGGAGCAUACAUGGACUCCAUAAAAAGGAUAUGAAUUUUCUUGAGAACUGAAUCUUCUGAAGAUGGUGUUUUGAUCCCUGGAUAAUGGCUUUCAAACCUAGAGCUCAUAAAUGACUGCUGGCUUGAAGAAAUGAUUUUACUUGAGACCCAAUUCAUGGGUUCUUUCUCUCUCCUUUUCUUUUUUCUUGAUCAAAGAGUUUUGGGUUUUUUUGUACGGACUACUGAUGACCUUAAUUUUGGAUCUGCUCUAGGUUUUGAAAAUAGUGAAGUAUUGAUUCCUUACCAUUGUUAA